AUGGCUCGUAACUUCUAUGAAGAUGAAGAAAUAAAACCCGUAGAAGGGCAAAAAAUUGUCAAUGGAGUUUUGGUAGAUUCUCCUCAAUCAGUGCAAUCAGUCUUCAAAUCUGUAAGACAAUCAAUUUAUAAUGUUUACAGUAGUUCAGUAGACUAUGUCAAUAGUGGGUACGAUAAAUAUCAUAAAACCGAAAGAUCAGUCACCACCACAGUCAGUGAAUUGCAUGAUAAAAAUGAAGAUUUAGUCCCUAAUGGGAUUUAUGUUAUUGUUGGGGCAUUAUCAGGAACUGUCAUGUCACGUCAAAGGGGUAUACUUUCCAAAAUAACUUUUCCAGUGAUUAUGGGUUUGGUAUCAUUUAAAUACUUCUUACCUCAAACUUUCAAUAGUACUAAGAACUUUGUUUGGAAAUUAGAAAAGAAAACCGUCCCAGAAAUUGCUCAUCAACAAGAGAAUUUAUACAACAAAUCAUCACAAUUGAUCGAUACCAUCGAAACGACAGCUGAUAAAAGUUCUCAAAGCAUAUCCUCAUCCAUUGACAGUUUAAGAACUAACAUAAAGAAAUAUACCGGUUUAAAUCUUGAUGAUGAAGCUACCAAAAAGUAA